GGAUGGGAAUAUGGAUGUGACUGUUCGAUCUGCCGGUAUAAUUUCCCGCUUGGAAUAAUACAGUCCUUAAGUUUUUUUUUGAAAUAAUUAAAUUUGUUUAAAUUAAAUACAAAAUGGGUGCAUAUUUAUCAGAACCGAUCACAGAAAAAAUAUCCAGUGAUGAAAUUGGGGAACGAUUAUCAUGUGGGGCAAGUUCUAUGCAAGGUUGGCGGGUUAGUCAAGAGGAUGCACAUAAUUGUAUUAUAGAUUUUGAUGAAAAUACAUCACUGUUUGCAGUCUAUGACGGUCAUGGAGGGCAUGAGGUAGCUUUAUAUUGUUCACAAAAAUUCCCAGAAUUUUUAAAAACAGUCGAAUCUUAUAAGAAAAAGGACUAUAAACAAGCAUUAAUCGAUGCAUUUCUUCAAUUUGAUGGAACAUUACCGACUCCAGAAAUUACUGAAAUAUUAAAAGAAUUAGCUGGAGAUAAGAAAGAAAAUAAAGAUGGUGAGGUUGAAUAUUCUGAUGAAGAAGAACCACAAGAUGAAAUCAAUCAUUUAUGCGAGGAAGCUUCAAUGCCUCUCGAAAAAGUUAUGGAAAAAUAUCAAAAUCAACAUUUGCUUAAAGUACAAGAUAAAAAACCAAUAUCACCGUAUUUACGGUAUAAAAAAGAAUCUCGAAUUGCUGGAGAUGGCGCUGGAUCGUCAGGAGAAAGUAAAUCAUUUAAACCCAGUAAAUUAACCAAAGAGCUAAACGGUGAAGUUUCUACAGAAUCAGGGGAUUCAAUAGAGAAUGAUAGUAAGGAAAAAGUUAAUAAUGAUGAGAAAUUAUCAGAAACCAAGUCUAGCGAUAAUAAAACAGAAGAAAAUAGUAAGUGUGAUGAAAUUAAAUCGGAUGCAAAUAAAUCAGAAGAAAGUGGAUCAGGUACCAAACCAGAGGCAAGUAAUUCUGAGAGUAAUAAAUCAGAAGAAACUAAAUCCGAAAGUAAUAAAUUAGAAGAAACAAAAGAAAAUAAAAUAGAAGAAAAAAAUGAAGAAAAGCCUUCGGUAAAUGGUGAUGUGACAGAUAAAAAUGAGGAAGCAACAAAUGGCGAAUCAAUAAAGGGCAAGGGUAAGGCUAAAAAAUCCCCUCAGAAGGUAUUGAAAGAUCGUAAAGCAAAAAAAAUGGGUAUUAGUACUGAAAAUAUUCAAGCCAUAUAUAGUGCGAUUUUAUCAGGGUUCGUUCCUGAUGAAGAUACUGAAGAUUCAGAUGAUGAGCAUGACGAUACAUUUAAGGCAGAUGAAGUAGAAAAAAAUAGUUCUGAAGAGGAAGAGGAGGAAGAGGAUGAUGAAGAUGAUGAGGAAGAUGAGUCAGAUUUAGGAGAAGAAGAGGCUACUGAUGAAGAAGAUGAUAGUAAUGAGAUGAAUGACGAUGAUGAUUUCAAAAUGCCCAUGACCGAAGAACCAGGAUUUGAUAGUGGAUGUACGGCCGUCGUUGCUCUUUUACGUGGUGAUGAAUUGUACGUUGCAAAUGCUGGUGAUUCAAGAUGCAUAGUUAGUCGUAAAGGUGAAGUAAUCGAGAUGAGUCAAGAUCAUAAACCAGAAACUGAAGAAGAAAAUGAUCGAAUUGUUAAAGCAGGCGGUAAAGUUACAAGUGAUGGACGAGUAAAUGGUGGAUUAAACUUAUCAAGAGCUAUUGGUGAUCAUGCUUAUAAACAAAAUAAAGAUUUACCAGCUGAAGAACAAAUGAUUACAGCAUUACCAGAUGUUACAAAAAUUUCUAUCACACCAGAUGAUGAAUUUUUAGUGUUAGCAUGUGAUGGUAUUUGGAAUUUUAUGAGUAAUGAGGAAGUUAUUGAAUUUGUUAGGCCACGUUUAGCUGAUGGUAGAAGAAAAAUAUCAGAAAUUUGUGAAGAGAUGUUCGAUCAUUGCCUAGCUCCAAAUACAAUGGGAGAUGGUACAGGAUGCGACAAUAUGACUGCAAUAAUUGUGCAGUUACAGAAAAAAAUUGUCGGUGGACUUAAAAGAAGUGCAGAACCAUUAUCACCAAAACAAGCUACCGAAGAAAAGCGACUCAAAUUAGAUGAAAAAACCGAAUCAACGACAACACAAUCUGAAAAAUCCAUAAAUGAAAGCACAUCUGAAACAACAGAUACAAAGCAAGAAUCUAACUUGUAGAGAGAGAAAGACGAACGGGAUACAUUAAUUUAUGAACUGAAAAUUUAAUGGAUUAUUUCUUAAUCUAUACACCAUUAAACUAAUUAUUGCGAAGGGGCCUUUUUUAAGUUUGUAAAGUUAUACAUUUCAUAAUUAAGGAAUAAU